CCUUUUUUUUCCCUUGAGGAUCAAAGGCUGAAUCAAAAUUAAACUAUGUUUAGAGAUUCUCGACCAAUUGCACUUCGCAAAUUAAUGCCUUUUUCCAGUAGACAUGAUAUAAGAAAGCAACGCACUUCAGACUCCAUACAUAGUGAUGAAGAUCCUUUAUUAGAUGAAGAAGCGGCUAUUAACCUUAUUGAUUCAUCUAUUUCUUCACGAACUUCCAUUUCUCUUACAAAUUCAACCAGACGUUCACCGACAUUAAUCUCAAAACAGGAUAAGAAACAACGACCUAGCUUUUUUUCUAGAUUUAGAAAGAAGAAAGUUUAUUCUCCUCGAACUAUUCCACUUCAAGCAAAUGACAAGGAAAAAAAGAAAUAUACAGCUAAUGUUAUUAUAAAUCAAAAAUAUAACGUUAUUACGUUUUUACCUGUGGUGUUAUAUGAACAGUUUGUCAUCUUCUUUAAUCUCUAUUUCUUAUUAGUAGCUUUAUCUCAGUUUGUUCCUGCCUUAAAAAUAGGUUAUAUUCUUACUUAUUUUGGUCCUUUAUGCUUUGUAUUAUUCAUUACGAUUAGUAAAGAGGCGCUUGAUGAUUAUCAACGCUAUAAACGUGAUAAAGAAGCAAAUUCUCAGCUUUAUCGUAGACUAACUCCUUCUGGCAUUCAAAAUAUACCAAGUUCAAAAAUUAGAGUAGGCGAUUUGAUUCAUAUCAUGAAAGAUCAAAGAGUUCCUGCAGAUAUGAUUUUAUUACGCACAACAGAGGAAAGUGGUGCAAGUUUUAUUCGAACAGAUCAAUUGGAUGGUGAAACAGAUUGGAAAUUACGUUUAGCUGUAUCUUCUUUACAAAGAUUACCUUCAGAUCAAGACUUAUUAAAUAUAAAGGGACAUAUCUAUGCAGAUGCACCUCAUAAAGAUAUUCAUAAUUUUGUGGGCACCAUCUCUAUCAAUGAUGAAGUAACAGGUGCUGAGCAGAUUGAACCCUUGGGUGUAGAGAAUACUAUGUGGACUAAUACAGUUCUUGCAUCUGGAUCAGUCAUUGGAUUUGUUAUUUAUACAGGAAAGGAUACAAGAGCUGUUAUGAAUACAAAUCAUCCAAAAACAAAAGUAGGCUUAUUAGAUCAAGAAAUUAAUCGACUUGCAAAGAUAUUGUUUAUCGUCACGCUUGGAUUGUCUGUAAUGAUGGUCGGAUUAAAUGGUUUUAGAGGCGUGUGGUACAUUUAUGUUUUUAGAUUUUUAAUUUUAUUUUCGUCUAUUAUUCCAAUUGGUUUACGUGUUAAUUUGGAUAUGGGAAAGACAGUCUAUUCACAUCAAAUUGAACAUGAUAAUGAAAUUAAUGGUACUAUUGUCAGAACUAGUACUCUCCCUGAAGAGUUAGGCAGAGUGGAAUAUUUGCUGACGGAUAAAACAGGCACCUUAACUCAAAAUGACAUGGAAUUAAAAAAAUUACAUAUGGGUACAAUGUCUUAUAGUCUUGAUACAAUGGAUGAAAUUCAGACUCAUAUUGUAAGUAUCUUUGGAUCGGCCUCUAACACACAACUACAAGAUGCUGUAACAACCAAUUCUGCAAAUAUAACGAACAAAAGUCGACGAAAUAUUUCUGUACGAGUGAGUGAUAUUGUACAAGCACUUGCUCUUUGUCACAAUGUAACCCCAGUCAUAAACAUAGAUGGAGAGAUUAGCUAUCAAGCCUCUAGUCCUGAUGAAGUUGCUAUCGUAAAGUGGACAGAACAUAUGGGUUUAACGUUAUUUCAUCGAGAUGUCAAUGCAAUUCAAUUACGCGUAGAUGCGACAGAAGAACUGCUUCAUUUUGAUGUUUUAAAUAUUUUCCCAUUUACAAGUGAGACAAAGCGUAUGGGAAUUAUUGUCAAGAAUCAAAAGACUCAAGAAAUUACUUUUUAUGAAAAGGGUGCUGAUACUGUGAUGUCAAAAAUUGUUCAAUAUAAUGAUUGGUUGAAUGAAGAAUGUGAUAAUAUGGCAAGAGAAGGUUUGCGUACGCUUGUAGUAGCCAAGAAACAUCUAUCAGAGGAAGCCUACCAACAGUUCACUGCUAAAUACCAUGAGGCAGAAGUUUCAUUACAUGAUCGUAGUACUCUAAAACAAGCUGUGAUAGAGGAUGUGUUGGAAUCUAAUUUAGAAUUACUUGGAUUAACAGGAGUAGAAGAUAAAUUACAGGAAGGUGUUAAGAAUACAUUAGAGCAAAUGAGAAAUGCUGGCUUAAAGGUAUGGAUGCUAACUGGAGAUAAGAUUGAAACAGCUACUUGUAUUGCUAUAUCGUCAAAAUUGGUUUCACGUAAUCAGAGUAUUCAUACUAUAUCAAAAUUAAAAACUGCUAUGGAAGCAGCAGAUGAAAUCGAUAGUCUAAGAACAAAAACAGAUCAUUGUUUAGUAAUUGAUGGUGGGUCUUUACAAGUCUGUCUAGAUAACUUUGUAGAAGAAUUUAUUGAAAUAGUGACUCUAAUGCCUGUUGUUGUUUGCUGUCGUUGUUCUCCUACUCAAAAGGCUGAUAUAACUCGAUUAAUCAAAGAAUAUACCAAGAAAAGAGUUCUUUGUAUUGGUGAUGGUGGUAAUGAUGUUAGUAUGAUUCAGGCAGCUGAUGUUGGUGUAGGCAUUGUAGGAAAAGAAGGAAAGCAAGCUUCGUUGGCCGCCGAUUUCUCAGUUACCCAGUUUAGUUAUUUAACAAAACUUUUAUUAUGGCAUGGAAGAAAUAGCUAUAAGAGAUCUGCCAAGUUGUCACAAUUUGUUAUUCAUCGUGGUUUAAUUAUUUCUGUUAUGCAGGCCGUGUUUUCUGCAUUAUUCUAUUUUGCUCCUAUUGCUUUAUAUCAGGGCAUGUUAAUUGUAGGCUAUGCUACCGUUUAUACAAAUGCUCCAGUAUUUUCAUUAGUCUUGGAUCAAGAUGUGAGUGAAGAAAUUGCAUUGAUGUAUCCUGAACUUUAUAAGGAUCUAACAAAGGGACGAUCAUUAUCUUAUAGAACUUUUUUUACUUGGUUAUUAAUCAGUGUGUAUCAAGGUGGUGCAAUUAUGAUUUUAUCUAUCAUUUUAUUUGAAGAUGAAUUUAUUCAUAUUGUUGCCAUCUCUUUCACUGCUUUAAUUUGCAAUGAAUUGUUAAUGGUUGCCCUAGAAAUUAAUACAUGGCAUCGUUAUAUGGUUUUAGCAGAGAUUAUUACUGUCUUAAUUUAUUUCGGAUCCAUGUGGCUAUUACCCACUUAUUUCGAUAUGAAGUUCAUUUUAACGGCUCGAUUUGUAUGGAAAGUGGCUGUUAUUACAGCAGUGAGUAGUUGUCCUUUAUAUUUUGUAAAAAUGAUCAGACGAAGAAUUGCACCACCAAGUUAUACGAAAUUAACUUGAAAUAUGCAUUUUCAAAAAAAAAA